AGAUGCCAUACUAAAGUAAAACCAGAAGUUUACAAAGAAGAUAAGUUUUCUUGAAUGUAGGUGCCCGAAGGGUGAACAGGAGUGUUAUUCCUUGUCUUCAGCCACAAUGUCUUCUUAUUUCUGCAUGAACUGGAUUCUUCUGAUCCUGUUUACAGGCCCCACAGUAUUGGGAUCACUUGUGAAAGGAGAGGUUGGUCAGAAUGUCACUGUGCCCUGCUUUUACAGUGUUACGAGGACACAAGACAUCACAUCAAUGUGCUGGGGUCGUGACAGCUGCCCUAUUUCAAAAUGUUAUCGGACCAUUAUCUGGACAGAUGGAUGGAAGGUGACAGAGCAGUACAACAGCAGGUAUACAUUGAAAGGGAACGUGCCAAUGGGUGACGUGUCCCUCACGAUCGUGAAUGCCGAGGAAGAAGACAGUGGGAUAUACUGCUGCCGCGUGGAGAUCUCAGGGUGGUUCAAUGAUCAGACAAGUAAUCACAAGGUUGUGAUAGAGACAGCUAGGAUCUCUACUGCAAGUCCUCACACUUACACCUCUGAACAGACCUCAGUUCACGAGAGCACCAGCGAAUCAUCCUUUACCAUCAUGAGAACGUGGCCAUCGGUUUCUGCUUCAGAAGCUCCUCAGACUGCCUCUGGCCCCUGCUCAAGCAUCUCAGACUGCUCGGAUGUAACCACAAACCUGCAGAAUGUGUCUGUAUCACUUCCCAGUCAGCAGUAUUCAGAAAAUGGGCUAUACAUUGGGAUUGGUUUAUGUGCGGUACUUCUAGCCAUCCUUAUUUUGGCUCUGUUCCUCACUAGACAAUAUUUAUACAAUACGAAGAAGACGGGUGACUUUGCAAACUUCGUUGCGUUUUGGAGGCCAGAAGGUGCAGGGAACCAUAGUGCCCUGGAAGAUGAGAUCCAUGCAGAGGAAAACAUUUCUAAAAUGUCCCAUUUUGUGCUGUUUCACUGGAUUAUGAUACAGAUCUUUAUAGCACCCACUGCAUCCGAAGCUGUUGUUAGAGGAGUAAUAGGGCAACCUGUUCAGUUGCCUUGCUUCUACCAGGUGGCACGACAGAAGGACAUCUCUGAUAUGUGCUGGGGCAGAGGCCCGUGCCCAAAUUCAAAGUGCAAUAACAAAAUUUUGCACACCACGGGGAAUAGGGUGACGUUCAGAAAAUCUCAGAGAUACAGUCUCCGGGGCUAUAUUUCCUAUGGAGAUGUGUCUCUCACGAUUGCAAAAGUGAAGGCAGAAGAUGCAGGUACAUACUGCUGCCGCGUAGAGAUCCCAGGUUGGUUCAACGACAUCAAAAAGAACAUGCGGCUGGAGGUGGUGAGAGCCCCUCCAGUGAUGACAACCACCACGAGAAAGGCUCCUGUUUCCCCCAAAUAUUUUAGAAAAACAACUUUUGCUCCCCAAGCAACCUCUGAUCAUCAAACAACAACAGAGACUGCUCCUCCAGCAGUAAUUACACUGGAGACCAUUGCUCCCCCAACAUUUGCUGUCACAGCAAAUGAUACUUUUCCGGCAACUAUGGUGACAAUCAGUGCUCUCCCAGAUUUUCCAACUGAUUUCCAAGCAGCUGACAUGAGGACUGAAGAUGACAACAUGUUCUGCACAGCAGAGUCUGUCCCUCUUCCUGGAGUGACUACUGAAUUCCCAAGUACACUUCCAACUGCAGAGGGAACUAGAAGUGCUCACACUUCUCUCAUGGUGGAAGACAUGCCAACUACAGCAACAACCCCGCCAGUGCGAACCACACUUCAGACCCCAAAGAGAACCCUUGCUCCUUCAGAGAUUUCAACAAGUUCAGAUGUCAAGGCUGAGGAACAUGAUGAUAAUGAAGAUAAGUUUCCCAUCUAUGCCAUUCUCAUUGCCUGUCUCAUGGUGGUGUCCAUUCUUUUCAUAUUGAUGCUCUCAUUGUCGAUUUGGAAACGUAAACACACAAAGAAGUUUAUAAUGAAAAGCCUUGGACCAGCAGAAGACCUUGAAAAAGUUUUCAGUGGCGCUGAAGGAGAAAACAGCAUUUUUUCCCUGUGA